UAAAACCCCCUAGAAGAAGACGAAGAAGAAGAAGCGGACCGUGUGUGCACAGUGUGUGUGUUAGCCUAGCUUAGCGGGAUGAUCUUUCUAACUUCCAGAUAACCUGCAGCCUCACCACCAUGACAGACUACGCCGAAGAGCAGAGAAAUGAACUGGAGGCGAUAGAGUCCAUCUACCCGGACUCCUUCACAGUGCUUUCAGAUGAACCCACCAGCUUCACCAUCACUGUCACAUCAGAUGCAGGAGAACAUGGGGAAACUGUGGAAGCAACACUCAAGUUCACAUAUGUAGAGAAAUACCCAGAUGAGGCUCCGCUGUGGGAGAUCCACUCCCAGGAGAACCUGGAGGACCAGGACGUGGAGGACAUCCUCACCUUACUGCAGCAGCAGGCAGAAGAAAACCUGGGCAUGGUGAUGAUUUUCACCCUGGUCACAGCUGUUCAGGAGAAACUCAACGAAAUUGUGGAUUUAAUGAAAAACAGACAAGAAGAAGAGAAGAGGCGGAAAGAGAGAGAGGCAGAGGAAGCAGAGAAGGUGGCGUUCCAGGGCACUGUGGUGACCAUUGAAAACUUCCUGGCAUGGAAAGCCGAGUUUGAGCUGGACAUGGCUGAGCUGAGGAGGAAGAAGCAGAAGGAGGAGGAGCAGGCGGGAAAACCCAAACUCACCGGUAAACAGCUGUUUGAAACAGACCACAACCUGGACACGUCAGACAUUCAGUUCCUUGAAGACGCUGGAAACAACGUUGAAGUGGACGAGUCACUGUUCCAGGACAUUGAGGACUUGGACUUGGAUGAGGACGACCCAGACUUUGACCCUUUAGAGAUGGGCAGUGAUGAGGACUGAGGCAGGAGGAGGACUGAGGACUGACAGGACCGUGCUGCUCCUCUCUGGGAUGCGAUCGUCUGACAGACACACCCAACAGCCGUGUUCGUUUUUUAAAGACUCUUAUACAAACCCAACACACCCACAUACACACCCACCAGUGUCUGUUUCUAUGCCUGACCCAUUAAAGUGACCAGAUAAAUGUCUGACUUGGCUCUGGUGCUGUUUGACCUGCAGGACGUCCCAGUGACAGACUCCUCGUUCGGCCAGAAGAGGGCAGUGUAACAUCAAGAAUGGCCGCAGGAUUCAGAUGCUGAAGUUAUAGCAUAAUUACCACAAUAAAUAAUUAUACUCACUUACCAUUACAAGUACGAUUACUACAUUUUGUUUAGGUCAGAGAAGUAGUGACAGAAAAAUGUUCCAUCAAAGUUCAUGAUUGAAGCUUCUUCAUGGAGACUGACUCGUUUAUAUUGUAGUUUUAUUCUUGAUGUUCAGGAGGAGGUUUGAACAGUUUGAUUUAAAGUUCAUCUGCAUGUAACCAUGUACAUCACACUUUAUAAACUCAUCAUGUUAUUUGUUUGUAAAGUCUUCAUCUGCAAAGCAGCUGGUGAUUAAAGCUAAACGUAGGUGUA